ACUUUGACAUACUAUCCAAAGGUUGUAGGGCAGAAGGGAUCCCCCCUAAAACAGGGCGACCCUCUUCCAUCAUUGGCAAAGGAACAAUACCUAGAAUGAACUUCUUCUUAGACUAUGCAAUUUGUAACCGUGGGACCAGCGCCUACGCGCCCAAGGACUACCAGCCUCUCGACCCAGGGACCCCUUCCUUCUCAGCUUGCUCAGGUAGCUCUCCUCCUUCCUGUGAGAGCUACCCUGCCGAAGGACGCUUGUUCGCGGCCACGGGGGUAGGUCCAGGUGGGACCAGCGCCCACCACCAGCAGAGCUCCGGCUACCCACCUCCUCUACCCUCCAACCCAGCCGGCCUUGGCAUCCCCUUCGCAGGGUCAUCUCAGGCAGGAGGCGGCGGCGGAGGAGGAGGAGGAGGAGGAGGGGGAUUCCCGGCCCCCAACUGCAGCCCCAGCUUCGGCAACCAGCAGUUCUACCUCAACCCGCAGGAGACGGAUGGAGCCUACUUCCAGCCCUCGGCCUACCCCACCAACGUGGCCUCCACAGUUUCUUCCAGCCUGUCGGAGGGGGGCUUCUGCGCUACCGCGGGCCAGUUCCAGCCCCAUUUCUAUGGGCCUGAGCCGGGGGGCUACUUUGGCAGUCUUUCCCCACCCUUGCAGGAGAACAAAGACCCGCGGCCUUGCUCGGCCCAGCCAUGUCCCAUGGCUUCCACCAUCACCCAAACCUUUGACUGGAUGAAAGUGAAAAGGAGCCUUCCCAAAACGACAGCGAAAGCGUCGGACUACGGUCUGGCCGUGCACCCAAGCUCCAUCCGGACCAACUUCACCACCAAGCAGCUGACCGAACUGGAGAAGGAAUUCCACUUCAGCAAGUACCUCACCCGGGCCCGGCGGGUGGAGAUCGCCGCCACCUUGGAGCUGAACGAGACCCAGGUGAAGAUCUGGUUCCAGAACCGGCGGAUGAAGCAGAAGAAGCGGGAGAAGGAAGGGCUGGCCUGCUUCCCCUCGCUGGCCACCGCGGCCAAGGAGCCCGGCGAGGCCGCCUCGGACAGAUCCAGCCGCUCGCCCACCCCCAACGCAUCGCCCAGCUCGGGGUCUUCUUGAAGGUCGCCA